UAAAAGCAAACGGGAAAAAGAUCCUCGUCGUUUGCUUGCGUAGUUUACUGCUAUUUGAGACGAAAUCAAAGAGAACCUUAGCCGGGAAAGCCAAGCCGAACUGCUGGAGGGAGAAGAAAGGACUGGCGACGGUAAUCCAAAAUGUCGCAGCUUCACUAUCUAUCUUCUUCUUCCUCACUCACUAUACAGUGCUCAAUUCAACUCUGCCCUCCCCACAGUUUCUAUCCAAAGGCCCUUUCUUUUAGCCGUUCUUCCACGUCCAGUGGCUCCAACUUCUCCCUCACCCUCCCAUCCUCCCGCAGAAACCCAUUGUCUAUCAAAUGCCGCCAAUCCGAGUUCUUCGAACAACAAAGCUUAGUCAGACCCAUAAGAAAUGGAAACGGAAGCGAUGCAGUUGGAGCUCUGCCGCCUAGGGUUUAUGUGGGUCACUCGAUUUACAAAGGGAAGGCUGCGCUUACGGUGACUCCCAGGCCUCCAGAGUUUUCUUCAUUGGACUCAGGGGCAUUUAAAGUAUCUCGGGAAGGUUAUGUGCUGCUUCAGUUUGCUCCUGCAAUUGGCAUGCGCCAAUAUGACUGGAAUAGAAAGCAGGUAUUCUCUCUAUCAGUGGGUGAAAUGGGAAAUCUAAUUAGCCUUGGUGCAAGGGAUUCUUUUGAAUUUUUUCAUGAUCCUUUUAAGGGGAAGAGCGAUGAAGGUAAAAUUAGAAAAGUUUUGAAGGUGGAGCCACUUCCAGAUGGUUCUGGUCACUUUUUCAACUUAAGUGUUCAAAACAAGAUUGAGAACGUGGAUGAAAGCAUCUAUAUCCCUGUUUCCAAAGCAGAGCUAUCAGUUCUCAACUCAAUUUUCACUUUUAUCUUGCCGUACCUUCUGGGUUGGCAUGCGUUUGCAAAUUCUAUAAAACCAGAGGAUCAAAGCCGAUUGAAUAAUGCCAAUCCAAGAUAUGGGGGAGACUAUGAAUGGAACAGAUAGUUAAUACACUGCUGAACGGUGUGUAGGGACUUCUCAACUUGUUUUGUAUUAUGUUUAUCCUGUUAGGUAAGAAGUUUUGAGAUAGUAGGGUGUGUUUAUCUAUCAAUUGUUUUGUUUUGUUUUUUUUUUAAAUGAGGAAUACGUUGCAGUUUGCACUUGUAGCAUUUACUCUUCAUCCACGCUGAGAUGUUAAAAGCAAAAGGCUCGUUAUCUAGUCAUUAAAACUUAAAGGUUGACAAGGCUA